AUGAACAUGGCCAGUCAGACAUACAACCCCUCCUUCAACCAGGGAUACAACAAACCACUCCCCAGAGUCAGCCCCCAACAGCAGCACAACCAGCUCCAACACCAGUACCAACCACAGCAACAACAACAAUACCAACAACCAGGACAAUACCCGGGCCAAUAUAACCACCACGCGCAGUACCAGCAGGGAUCCCCUGGUGAACAGCAGCGUCAACAGAAACAAUACCAGCAAUACCAGCAAGUACAACAGCAACAGCAGCAACAGCAGCAGGACAGUCGUCGGACAAGUGGAGGAAGCCAGCAGACGGCGGCGGUUCAGAGCUCGCUCAUGGCUUGGUUUGAUGCUGUUGAUACCGACCAUUCUGGUACUCUCUCGUGCGAGGAACUUCAGCGGGCUUUGAUGAAUGGCGACUGGACACCUUUCAAUGUCGAAACGGUCCGUAUGAUGAUGAAUAUGUUCGACCGAGACAACGACGGAACAAUCUCCUUCAAUGAAUUCAUCGGCCUCUGGAACUACAUCGAGAAGUGGAAGCAAUGUUUUCAAGCCUACGACCUCGACGGCUCCGGAACCAUCGACUCCAUGGAGUUACAAAAGGCCCUUCAAGGAUUCGGUUACAACCUUUCGGAGGCCAUUGUCCAAUUGAUUGUGACAAAGUACGAUGUGAGAGGGCAGGGCGAUAUCAGUUUUGAUAACUUUGUGCAGUCGUGUGUCACCAUCCAGACGUUGACGAGUGCGUUCCGGAGGAUCGAUGUUGCGGGCACGGGCGUUGUCACCAUGACCUAUGAGCAGUUCCUUGGCUUGGUCAUUAACAACCGGUGA